ACCAAAAGUUCAGUCAGAAGGCAACAAAAGAUACCAAAGACACACCCUAAAUUACUCUAGACCCACCUAAAGGAGUAAAAUAUAAGGAAGCCACAAUCUGAGAUCACUUUACUGAAGCUAAAGAAAGCAGACAUAUGUCUGGGCUUUGUUUGGACGACUAUUAGACGUCUUUUAAACUCAAAAUCACUUGCUUGGAAAUGGCCAUGGAUAAGCCAGUUUGCAUCAUUCACACAGAGUCAGAUGGGAAGCUUUGUGUACAGCAGUCAGCGCUGCAGAUCCUGCAGCAAAUCGAUCAGCCGGUGGUGGUGGUGGCUGUGGUCGGUCUCUAUCGCACCGGGAAAUCCUACCUGAUGAAUCUACUUGCAGGAAAACAAACAGGGUUUGCACUGGGCAGCACAAUUGAGUCCAAGACGAAGGGCAUCUGGAUGUGGUGUGUGGCACACCCCAAACAAAAAGAAACCACUCUGGUGCUGCUGGACACUGAGGGACUUGGAGACUUCGCCAAGGGGGACUCAAACCAUGACAACAACAUCUUCAGUCUGGCUGUGUUACUGAGCAGCACUCUGAUAUACAACAGUCGAGGGACGAUUGACAACAAUGCUGUUGAAAAGCUGCAAUAUGUUACUGAACUAACAGACUACAUUAAAGUAAAAUCAUCUGAUGAGGACGCUGAUGAUUCAAGCGAGUUUGUGAAGUUCUUCCCAAGUUUCAUCUGGGCUGUGAGAGACUUCACCCUUGAUCUAAAGAUUGAUGACAAAGAUGCAACAGAGAAUGAAUACCUAGAAUUUGCUCUCAAGCUGAAACAUGGCACUGGGAAAAAAGUGAUGGAGUACAACAUGCCCAGGGAGUGCAUCCAAAAAUACUUUCCUUCAAGAACAUGCUUCACUUUCCCGUUUCCAACUGCUCCAGAGAAUGUAUCUCGCCUGGAGAGCUUAAAUCCUCCUGAGCAUUCACCUGACUUCCUGAAGGUCGCAGAUCGUUUCUGCAAGUUUGUCUUUCAGGAGAGCCAGACAAAGAAGCUGAAAGAAGGAUACACAGUCACUGGCAGGGUUCUGGGAAAUCUUGCAAAAACAUACGUGGACACCAUCUCUAGUGGGGCUGUGCCAUGUCUGGAGAAUGCUGUGAUCGCUAUGGCAACGAUUGAGAAUGAGGCUGCAGUGAAGGAGGGGCUUGAGGUCUACAAGAGUGGAAUGGAGAAGCUGAAGAACUCUUUCCCUCUUGAACUGAAGGAUGUGUCCUCAGAACACCAACAGCUCAGCAACCUGGCAACACAAACCUUCAUGAAGCGUUCAUUCAGGGACACUGAUGGGAUGUACCUAAAAUCUCUUGAGGGAAACAUUAAUAAUCUCUUUAAGAGAUACCUAAGCCUUAAUGAGCAAGCGUCAAAGAGUAAAUGUGAGGAUCUUCUGUCAUCCCUGACUGCACAAAUGACGGAAAACCUCAAUCAAGGGUUCUACACCAAACCUGGUGGCUAUGAUCUCUUCAGCGAGGAUAUGGAGGACAUUUUGCAAAAAUAUAACAUCCAGGCCGCAAAAGAAGUCAAGGCUGAGAAGGUCCUAAAGGAGUUUCUGAAGCAGAAAUCUGUGGAAUGUAAAGCCAUUUUGCAGUCUGACAAUAAACUAACUGAGAAAGAGAAAAAGAUUAAGGAGGAACAAGAGAAAGCAGUCCUCUUGAAUCAGAAAAUCAAAGCUAAAGAGGAGAAGCAACGACAACUAGAAGAGAAGAUUGAAGCGGAGAGACGAAGUAAUUAUGAGAGGAUGAUACAGAUGAAGCAGAAGAUGGAUGAAGAGAUGAAGCUUCAGAGAUUGGAAGCUGAGCGUGCCAUGGAAAGUAAACUGAGAGAGCAGGCGGCUCUGCUGGAGAAGGGCUUUAAGGACCAGGCAGACAUGAUGAGCCGAGAGAUGGAAGAGUUUAAAAGACAGAGCUCUGAAGCUGAGAGUAAUCGAGCAAGAGAGUUUGCAGAGAUGUUAGAGAACUCCAACAAGAGACAUGAAGAGUCAUUGGCCAUGAUGAUGAAGCAACACAGAGAACAAAUGCUAGCCAUACAAGAAAUGAAUGCACGCCAUGAAAUGAGAUGUCCCAUCAUGUAAAGAGAAUAAAUUAAAUGACUGUCAGACUCAAAGGCAUGCAACUGCACAAUGCAAUAGGCCCAAUGACAUGACAUGCAAUUUUGAUGUCCAAAGGUCUUUAUGAAGUCAAAAUAAGGAAAUGUUUAAUAAAAUAACAUUUAUUGAAUCUAUUGAUCUCUGUUUAUCAAUUAAUAUGAACAUAUAUUGAGGGUAUUACAAAGUGUAAAAAUUAUUAGACAUCAUAGGUGUCAUUUACACUGUCCCCACCACUUUUUGAAAGUAUUUGGUUAAAAUGUUCUGAAAAAUCAAGCGAACAAAGAAAUGUUAAAGGUUUAUUUGCAGUUUAGGUACAGAAAGAAACAAUGUACAUCAUCCAAAAAAAUAACUUAAACAAAAUAAACUAUUGCUGCAAAAUGACCAAAAAACAUGCAUGCGCUGAACAAAUUCUUGACACAGUUUCUUCUUGUCUUAGUUAUACCUUCUCUAUCUGACAAACAGCCACACUGUUGAGUCGGGUUUGUGACAUUGAGGAGUUUUUUUGCCCAUUUUUGAGGCGCCAUUAUUUAAUAUUUUUCCCGUCUUGCCUCAGACAUUACUGCAUUAGUCCUGGCAACAAAAUAUUUCAAUAUUACAAAGAAUAUGACAUCCAGUUGAUUGUUCCCAGGUGAAAAAAAAGUAGUAUUUAAUGUAUUAAAUAUACACUUAAAAUUGAAGUAAUAUGAUUUUAGUACAUUUGUAUUCCUAAC